AUGAAACAUAAAAAAUAAAUGACAUUGCGAUCAGCAAAUCAUUCUAGAUAAUCAUCUAUAUCAUCUUAAGGUUCUGAAAGUUCAAAGAAUAAAUUUAAUGGAUGUUACAUAUAAAUUUCACCUAGAUUUGAUGCCAAUAAUGGUUUGGCUUUUAAGAAUGAACUAAAGGAAGUUAAAAUAAUAUCUCCAAAACAUGAAUGCUUCACCACACAUUAAGAAAUUAUACCCCAUCAUAGAAAAUCUACAUAAUCUAUGAAAGAAGAUCCUUUAAAAAAGAGCUAGUUUAGUAAAAUUAUCCACACAAUUGAUGAAUUAAAAUGA